CGGGAUGGGACCAGCAGCAGCAGCAGGCUGGUAGAUGUCCAUGCAUGCAUGCAUGACCGCUAGUCGACUUCCUGGAUGGAAGAAUGGGACUUGACUUCGCAUUGUGUGUUAGCACCGAGUGAUCUCCACUGCAAAAUCAAUAGUAUUGGAGCACUUUUCCGUGAUUUUCUUGAGAGUGCAGUCAAAGACAGCCAUUGAUCGCCGACUGACCCCUUCCCCUCUCCGGGAAUGUGUCUCCGCGGAAGCCCGUCGUGGAGUCCAGCUUGGAAGUGUGUCCACACCGCCGUGGCGUUUUGUUCCUCGAAGCAUCAGGAGCUCCAGCUUGGACUAAAGCGGACUAUUUUAUAAGAGACGUCCUCAUUUUUGGAGGCUUUCGUUGCCGCGACGUCAACUUCCAUUUUUUUUGGCUGGCGCGCUUGGGAUUUUCUCCCCCUUCUUAAGCUCAAAGACUAAAAAAUAAGCAAGAAACUUUGUCACCUCCUUAUUGCUCUCCAUGAGUAGUCUAACAUGCAGAGGAGACGGGAACCGAAUUGCUGGUGGAUUUUAUCCGUAAUGUGUCUUUUAACCUUGCACAAACACAGCGACUGUCAUCCUGUAGUGUCAGAGGGCCAACCUCACCACGCUGGAGCAAGGCAUCAUGGGAGUGCCGGUCUAAUGAGGGAGAGGAGGGCAGCUGGGGACUCCUACUGGUCCUACUCAGGAAGCCACGGACCUCGAGGCUGGUCCACGUUAUACCCAGAAUGUGCUGCAAAGAACCAAUCACCUGUGGACAUCGCCGACCAACAAGCGCUGGUUUCGGAAGAGUACCAGGAGCUGGAGCUUGACAAAUUCAACACUGAGUCGUCCAACCAGACCACCAUGAAAAACACUGGAAAAACAGUUGCUGUACUCCUGAAGAAUGACUACUUUGUCCGAGGCGCCGGGCUACCCGGCCGCUUUAAGGCCGAGAAGAUGGAGUUUCACUGGGGACAGAGUAAUGCAUCAGCGGGCUCAGAGCACAGCAUCAACGGCAGAAGGUUUCCCGUGGAGAUGCAGAUCUACCUUUACAACUCUGAUGACUUUGACAGCCUCAGUGCCGCCAUCAAGGAGAGACGCAUCAUUGCCGCCAUGUCCGUCUUCUUUGAGCUCGGGCAAAAAGAUAACCCAGCAGUGGACCCCAUCAUCCAGGGCUUGAAAGGAGUAGUACAUCAUGAAAAGGAGACCAACCUGCGCUCAUUCAUCCUGAGGGACCUGCUGCCGUCGUCCGUGGAUAGUUAUUACCGAUACACCGGCUCUCUGACCAUGCCGCCCUGCAGCAAGGUGGUGGAGUGGAUCAUCUUCUCCAGGCCCGUCUAUCUGUCCCACUCGCAGCUGGAGGCCUUCUACUCCAUCUUCACAACAGAGCAACAGGACCACGUCAAGUCCGUGGAGUAUCUGAGGAACAACUUCCGUCCCCUGCAGGACCUCGAUGACAGGAAAGUCUUCAAGUCUGCGGUCAAAGAUGCGUGGCAGAAAGACCUGACUGACAUUCACGGGGGCACCCACAGCACGGAGGCGUCGAGAGUGUGCAGCAGUGCUCCAGUGAGCAUGAAGAUCCAACCGCUGAACCAGACGGCCCUGAUGGUGAGCUGGGAGCGCCCUCUGACCGUCUACCACCCGCCCAUCACCAGCUACAUGGUCUCCUACAGCUGGGUGAAGCGUGACGUCGCAGACGAGGAGACCUUCACCAAGACGGGGGAUCAGAGCAUGAAAGCAGUCAUCACUAACGUGUCCCCAGAUGUGCUGUACUUGUUCCGAGUGCAGGCAGUAUGUCAGCAUGACCUACGCAGCGACUUCAGCCAAACACUGCUCUUCAGAGCAAAUACCACAAGAAUAUUUGAAGGUUCUCGUAUUGUGAAGACAGGAAUGCCUACGGUAUCUCCGGUGUCAUCAGCCGACAUGGCUCCCAUAAGCUCUGGUUCCUCCACAUGGACGUCCUCUGGCAUCCACUUCUCCAUUGUCUCCAUGGCGACAGGACUGGGCCCAUCCUCCAGUGGCAGCCAGGCGACGGUGGCGUCUGUGGUGACGAGCACCUUCCUGGCAGGCUUGGGUGUCAGCGGAGGGGUCAUCUCCUCGUUGCCCAGUUCCAUUUGGCCCACGCAGGUGCCUCAAGCCAGCCGCAGCCCCCCACAUUCCUCAGCCCCGCCCGCAAAGCCCAGCACGGAGCAAGCGGCGACACAGGCCUCGGAGACUCCUGCUGAGGAGAACAAGGCCACCCCCAAGGGCGAGGAGGAAGAAGAUGAUGAGGGGGACGGAGAAGGGGAGCAGGAGGACAAAGGUGCGGAGAAGAAGAGGAAGAACAAGACGCCUGCCGAUCAUGAGGAAACACAAGCCAACAGCACCGUGGCCAAAGAGUCCAUCCUCCCCACCCCUGCAUCCACAGCCAAAGAGAAGCCCACCCUGCACGGCAGCACGAUAGCUGCAAGCACCGCCCACAGCCACUUGGCCCCGACACAGAACAACCUCACAGUCAAUGCAGUCACUACUCAGGAGCCACGGAACGACAGCGCAGAGAUGCAGAUUCCACAGAGCUCCACUCUAGCGCCAAAGAUCAGCAGUGAUGGCAAAAGUCUUUGGCCGUUCUCCAUCCAUACCGAAAGGACCACUUUAUCCAACGUGACCCGCACGCCUCACCCCGGUAUGGGCAGGAUGGUGUGGAUCGUCCCUUUGGUGGUGGUGUCUGCUCUCACGCUGCUCUGCCUCAUCAUGCUGCUCAUCGUGAUGGUGUACUGGAGGAGGUUUUUCCAGACUGCUCAUUUCUACGUGGAAGAGAGCAGCUCUCCUCGGGUGGUGGCCAAUGAGAGCAUCCCCUUCAUCCCCAUACCAGAUGACAUGGAGGCCAUUCCUGUCAAGCAGUUUGUCAAACACAUCAUGGAGCUCUACAAGAACAACCUGCAAGGCUUUUCAGAGGAGUUUGAGGAGGUCCAGCGCGCCACAGCAGACUUGAAGAUCACAGCAGAACAUUCCAAUCAUCCUGACAACAAGCACAAAAACAGAUACAUCAACAUUGUGGCCUAUGACCACAGCCGGGUGAAAUUACGAGCUCUGGCUGGGAAAGACGCCAAACAUUCAGAUUACAUCAACGCCAACUACGUGGAUGGAUACAACCAGCCCAGAGCUUACAUAGCUGCCCAGGGUCCACUGAAAUCCACCUUUGAAGACUUCUGGAGGAUGGUGUGGGAGCAGAACACCGGCAUCAUUGUCAUGAUUACCAACCUGGUGGAGAAAGGACGGAGGAAGUGUGACCAGUACUGGCCUACGGAGAACAGCGAGCAGUACGGAAACAUCAUUGUGACGCUGAAAAGUACCAAAGUGCAUGCCUGCUACACCCUGCGGCGUUUCCUCAUAAGGAACACGAAAGUCAAAAAGGGGCAGAAGGGGAACCCAAAAGGCAAGCUGAAUGAGCGCGCUGUCAUCCAGUACCAUUACACUCAGUGGCCUGACAUGGGGGUGCCAGAGUACACCCUCCCUGUCCUCACCUUCAUCAACCGCUCAUCAGCGGCCCGCACUGCAGACAUGGGCCCCGUCCUGGUGCACUGCAGUGCAGGGGUUGGGCGCACAGGAACGUACAUUGUCAUUGACAGCAUGCUGCAACAAAUCAAGGACAAAAGCACAGUCAGCAUCCUGGACUUUCUCAAACACAUCCGCACGCAGCGCAACUACCUGGUCCAGACAGAGGAGCAGUACGUCUUCAUCCACGAUGCCCUGAUGGAGGCCAUCUUCAGCAGAGAGACGGAGGUGCCCGCCUGGCAGCUGCACAGUUACGUCAGCAGCAUCCUCACGCCCAACUCCACCGGUCGCACCCGCCUGGAGAAGCAGUUCAGGCUGCUGACUCAGUGCAACACUCGCUUUGGGGAGUGUUUCAGUGCUCACAAAGACUGCAACAAGGAGAAGAACCGCAACUCGUCCGUGGUUCCAUCCGAGCGAGCGAGGGUGGGGCUCACCACUCUGCCCGGGAUGAAAGGAACCGAUUACAUCAACGCCUCCUACAUCAUGGGUUACUACAGGAGUAACGAGUUCAUCAUUACCCAGCAUCCUUUGCCCCACACCACCACUGACUUUUGGAGGAUGAUUUGGGACCAUAAUGCACAAAUUAUUGUCAUGUUGCCUGACAACCAGGGCCUGGCCGAGGAUGAGUUUGUCUACUGGCCGAGUCGGGAAGAGGCCAUGAACUGCAUCGCCUUCACCGUCACGCUCAUCAGCAAGGACAGACUGUGCCUCUCCAACGAGGAGCAGAUCAUCAUCCACGACUUCAUCCUGGAAGCCACACAGGACGACUACGUGCUGGAGGUGAGACACUUCCAGUGCCCCAAGUGGCCCAACCCUGACUCCCCACUCAGCAGCGCCUUCGAGCUCAUCAGGGUCAUCAAGGAGGAGGCCAUGACACGAGACGGCCCCACCAUCGUGCACGACGAGUAUGGAGCGGUGUCGGCAGGGAUGCUGUGUGCUCUCACCACGCUGUCGCAGCAGCUGGAGAACGAGGGCGUGGUCGACAUCUAUCAGGUGGCCAAGAUGAUCAACCUCAUGAGGCCGGGGGUCUUCACGGACAUUGAAGAGUACCAGUACCUUUACAAAGCCAUGCUGAGCCUGCUGGCUAACGGCGAGUGCGGCCCGAUGCACACGGACACUAACGGGGUGGCGGUGAUGGCGGACCCUGAGUGCGACCCUGCCGAGAGCAUGGAGUCGCUGGUUUGAGGACGUAAACUAGGGGGUCCGCUCCGGGCACUUCUCCCCCGCCCCCUCAACUCCUCCUCGAGGCCUUUUUUGCCAGACUAUUGAUUCAAGGACUUUUUAUACUGACUUUUUUGGAUAUUUAUGUUUUUGGGCCCUUUUUAUCAGUUGCGGUGUGCUGACGUGACGGAAGGAAACGUGUCCACUUUGCACUCCUUUAACCGACCUUCCACUCGGACCGCCACUCCGCUACACCACGCCGGACGCCGGCACGAUGGCCGGCUGUCCCGUUCCAAAGUCACCUUGACGACAACAACAUCACCUUCUUUUGUUGCCAUGGAAACACAACAUCCAAUGUGAACAUUUCUUGCUUUUUACAGGGAUUUCUAUUGUUAUACUGUUUUUGUAAUAUAUAUAUAUAUAUCUAUCUAUAUAUAUAUCUAUCUAUAUGAUAUCCUUACUAGCCAAACACUCUUUGCCUACAGUGCGUGUGGACUGGCUGUUUUAGUGCUGUGGGCUUGGAUCAUGUUCGCACAGCUUUGUUCUUAUUGUGAAAGGGAUCCGGGAAAAAAAAAAAAGAACAACAAAAAAAAAAACGGUCACUUUCUCCAAUUCUAUCAAAAAUACUAGAAAAUUGCUAAGAAGUGCAUGAAGCUGUUGUACUUUUUACUGGUUUGAGGUCAGCGCUCCAAUUGGCCUUUUUUUUUUUUUUUUAAUACAUUCCAAGUGAAUUGUGUUUUGUCUCCAGUGGAAAUAAAAAAAAAUGUUUUUGACACUUUUGUCAACAGGGAAGCUCACCAGUGACCGUCUUCUUUCUUCUAAAAAGGAUCUCAUCUUCUCCUCCUCUUCGAGCAUCACUUAAGGCUGAAUUAUACAUCUUUUUAUUGGGAUUAUUUUAGCAUCGAUUGAAUGUCAUGACGAGGAUGAUUUGUUUGCUUUUUGGGGUUUUUGUUGAUGAACGAUUCUUUUCACUUUGGCACUUUUUUUCUGUUGAUCACUAUUGUUGUCUACUGUGACUCCGCCUUCUUAAAUAUAUCAAACAUUAAAUGGUCCAUGCUUUAUUUUGCUGCUUUCUGACGUUUCUUUUAUUGUUAUUGUUGUGUGAAAAAUUCUACACCAUUUUUCAUCUGUUCAUUAUUUUUAUUGUGUUCAUGCUUAUUUUUAAUUCCACCCUGUUUUUUGUCCUCUAACUCCUUCAUUUUUCAACCGAUUCAAACCGUUCCGACAUCAUUCGGGGGUGUUAUGCCACCUAUUCAGAUAUUUCAAAAAUAUUCCCGGAUUUUCCUAAAUUUCCACCACAUUUUUCCCAUUGAAAACGAAUGGGCCAUUUUUCAAACUUCCACCAUCCGCACCUUCAUUACGCAACCGACUCCAACCAUGAAACUUUUCCACUCAUUCAGGACUUUCAGACCAUUUUUCACGUUCCAAAAGUUGUCAUUUGUUUUGCAAAAUUCACACACACACACACACGCACACAAUCCGUGUCUAAUGGGGACACAGUUUUCUGGGAACCACAAUCCCUCGAGACCUGAAGUGGUCCUCCCGCAUUGACGCUACAAAAAAAGGCCCAGCAGAGGUUGUACUUCCUACGAGGAAGCUGCUGAUCCAUUUCUGCACUGCAAUCAUUCAGUCUGUGUUCUUCCGUCACUGUCUGGCUUGGAUGUGCAACCAAACUUGACAGGAACUGCAACAAGGACCAUUAAAUCUGCAGAAAAAAUGAUCGGAGCCGGCCUUCCCUCCAUAUGUGACCUGUAUCGGUCCAGGGCCAGCGAGCGGGCAGGAAACAUCACUGCAGACCCCUCACACCGCGGACACAAGCAGCUCAAACUCCUCCCCUCAGGUGGGCGCGACAGAGCACUGUACGCCAAAAUGUAAAUCCUGUUUUUUUAAUGUAAAUACGGGCAAGCGCAGAAAAAGUCCCGCUUUAUUAAUCACACACCCACUUACUCAUUUAUUAUUAUCCCAUUUGCACAUCUCAGUCUUACUCUCUAACCAUUUAUUUCCGAAGUGUUGUGUACAGAGAGAGCUAAU